AUGCAGUCUCAUACAAGACCUCGCCCUCGCAGAUUAGAUCUGUCUAGUAGCCUUCCGAACUCUGGGGGCUUGUCCGCUCGGCCUCCUGGUGGCCCUAUGACUGCGAGAGAGGGCGUCAACAUGCAAGAGGUCGGGAUCGCUUGCCUGUCCCCAGGAUUUCAAACACAUGAUCCUGUGAUGCGGGAGCAGCUGCAACGGAGCUUAUCGGUUCGGGAUCAGCAGCGCUCAAUAAUCGAAUCGCGUUUACAGAAGUCCGCCAAGGAUGACGGGCCCGACGGAAUAAAGCCGUCUGAAUCAUUCGGCCUCCCCAGGGUCGGUGCAUCGAAGAGAAGACCCCCGCCUGGCCUCUCCAUCGUGCCCCCGUCAGCAGCCCAAUUUGCUAGUGAACGUGUCAUCCAAUCUGCGCCAUUGAAUCAGACCUUCACGGGCCGAAAUGAAGCGCAGCCCUUGACACGUCAUGUCGUUAACCAAAGUCCGACUCUGGGGUCCACAUCUCACAUCCACCAUCUCCCUGCUACACAAACAACCAACCGCUUGCCCCCGCUGUCUGAUGUCUUUGGAAAUGAGGCGUUGGGCCGCGAUCGCGAGGCAAACCGGGGAAUGUAUUACCCCAGCGCGACAGCUGCCAACCCGCCUCAAUCGAACAAUCUGCCCCCCAUUCCCUCCCCUCGCAUCUCCCGGGAUGCCGCUCAACCUCCCAAGCGCCCCAGGGAGUAUCGUUCCGCCGAGGAAGCUGUCCAGGAACUGUCAGGUGGGCGCGAGGAGCUUCUGCCGCGCAUUGUACAUUACGGCGGCCACCAACCCCCAACUCCACCAUCUCCCCGUGUGGCUAACGGACCACCAAAAUCUGGAGUGCCUCACUCGGAUGCUACGCCCAUGGCGAAUGCGCACCCCCCACAACCAUCAUUGUACCCGUCCGAGGGUACUGCUCGUCGCCGCUCGAGAAAUGAGUACGAACAUGAGCACGGCAGCCCGCCCUUGGGCCACGGCCCCGACCCACAUUAUCGCCCUAACCCAGCCUUGGCCUCUGGCGCAAGUGCCACUUAUGGCCCAUUUGGGGCUGGGAGAGACUCCCCCGAAACCCAGCGCAGAAAGAAGGAAGAAUUCCUUAGUCUCUGCGCACGUGCCUGGGACCUAUUCCAUUCUUAA